AGUAUUAUAUACCCUGUUUAUGCGUCCUUCUAUACUCCUAUCAUUUUGGAACACUGCUAUAAAUGCUGAGUACAGUGAGUGAAACCACAUCACAAGAAAGAAUGAAACUAUCACCACCACCACUUACCAACAACGAACAACCAGCCGCAGAUACUGCAGUUAAAUCUUGCGGUGGAGGCGGUAGAGAAACUUUCUCGGCGACGAGGCAUCCAGUGUACCACGGAGUUCGCAAACGUCGAUGGGGAAAAUGGGUUUCCGAGAUCAGAGAGCCCCGAAAGAAAUCUCGGAUUUGGCUCGGAUCUUUUCCGAUACCGGAGAUGGCAGCUAAAGCUUACGACGUGGCGGCGCUUUGUCUGAAAGGAAGAAAAGCUCAGCUAAACUUCCCCGACGAAAUCGACGAUUUACCUCGCCCGUCGACGUGUACGGCCAGAGAUAUCCAAGUCGCGGCGGCCAAAGCGGCCAACGCCGUCAAGAUCAUUAAAACGGGAGAUGACGUGGCAAAUAUCGGAGAUGGAGAUGAUUUCUGGGAAGGCAUAGAGCUGCCAGAGCUUAUGAUGACCAGAUGUGGGUGGUCGCCGGAGCCUUUCGUUGCCGGAGAUGAUGCCACGUGGUUGGUGGACGAAGACUCGUAUCAGUAUCAGUUCAUGGCGUGUCUGUGAGUGCAUGUAGUUGUCGACUGUGUUCUGCGUAUUCACUAUACGUGUGCGCUGUAUCGUUACUGUCUUGGCUAGAUCGAUUAGAUGCAUGCAAGUAUAUUUUUAUGCAUUUUAUUAUUUGUCUCUAGUUUAUUGUUUUACGUGACGGUGACGUGAUUAAUAUUAUAUAGAUACUAUCAGAGCACCUCCGAUGAGGUUAUACCCAUUGGAGUUCUAAAAAUUCAUGUGUAUAACUAUAUGUUUGUAUAUGUGUAUGUAUGUGAGGGAUCCAUUAUUUUAUGGAGAACUCCACCCUUAAGACCAUGAUUAACUCGGAGUUCUUAGAGUGGAAUUUUUACCGGAAAUUAAGAAACUGUUUCUUAACUUUUAACUAAAAAAACUAAGAACCGGUUCUUAAAGUCCUUAUUUAAGAACCGGUUCUUAGCUUUUUUUAGUUAAAAGUUAAGAAACAGUUUAUUAACUUCCGUUAAAAACUUCAUCCUUAGAACUCCGGGUUAAUCAUAAGGUUCUUAAAACAAAGGUUUUAGAACCUUAAGGGUGGAGUUCUCCACAAAAUAAUGGACUCCACACAUACAUAUAUAUAUAUACAACAUAUAUUUAUACACAUAUGAAUCUUUAGAACUUCAAUGGGUAGAACCCCCAUUGGAGGUGCUCUCAAGUUUGUACGAUCUUGAAAAAAAUAUGUAUAUGUGUGUUCUUAUACAGUUUUAAUUACAUAAA